AGCGCGCCCCGCGCCGCCCGCGCAGUCGGUCGGUCGGUCGUCUGUCCUGUCGCCGCUGCCGCCGCCGCCACCGCGGCCGCCGCGGGCGCCACCUGAGGGAGUCGCCUCCGCGGGACGCCACAGGACCUGACCGGACUGCGCCGCCCGAGGCCGUCCUGUGGCCCGGCCACCGUCGGCGAGGGCGCCGAGCAACUUCGUUCAGAAUGACCGAAGAAGCAUGCCGAACACGGAGUCAGAAACGAGCACUUGAACGGGACCCAACAGAGGACGAUGUGGAGAGCAAGAAAAUAAAAAUGGAGAGAGGAUUGUUGGCUUCAGAUUUAAACACUGACGGAGACAUGAGGGUGACACCUGAGCCGGGAGCAGGUCCAGCCCAAGGAUUGCUGAGGGCAACAGAGGCCACGGCCAUGGCCAUGGGCAGAGGCGAAGGGCUGGUGGGCGAUGGGCCCGUGGACAUGCGCACCUCACACAGCCAGCACUGUGGCAGUGCUCACCAUAAUGGAGUCCCAGAGCGGUCGUUGGACCUGAAGUCUCCAGGAAGAAUGAUGGCUGAGUUUCAAAAAUGCAUCCCAGCUGCUCACCUCCACGGCCUCUGUGGCAGAGAAGCAGAAUGUGUUCUGUCUUCCUGGGCCCCACAAAGCAGGCUCUGGGCUUUUCUCUCACAUCCCCGCCAAGAGGAGCUCAAGUUACGUGGCGGGAGGAGUGUGAUGGAUGCUAAGAAGGGAGUUGAGGGAACCGCAGAGGGGCCGCAGCGGGCGAGAAGCAGUGACAUGAAGUCCGAGAGGAGACCCCCCUCACCUGACGUGAUUGUGCUCUCCGACAACGAGCAGCCCUCGAGCCCGAGAGUGAAUGGGCUGACCACGGUGGCCUUGAAGGAGACUAGCACCGAGGCCCUCAUGAAAAGCAGUCCUGAAGAACGAGAAAGGAUGAUCAAGCAGCUGAAGGAAGAAUUGAGGUUAGAAGAAGCAAAACUCGUUUUGUUGAAAAAGUUGCGGCAGAGUCAAAUACAAAAGGAAGCCACCGCCCAGAAGCCCACAGGUUCUGUUGGGAGCGCCGUGACCACCCCUCCCCCGCUUGUUCGGGGCACGCAGAACAUUCCUGCUGGCAAGCCAUCACUCCAGACCUCUUCAGCUCGAAUGCCCAGCAGUGUCAUACCCCCGCCCCUGGUCCGAGGUGGGCAGCAGGCGUCCUCGAAGCUGGGGCCACAGGCGAGCUCGCAGGUCGUCAUGCCCCCACUCGUCAGGGGGGCCCAGCAAAUCCACAGCAUUAGGCAACAUUCCAGCACAGGGCCACCGCCCCUCCUCCUGGCCCCCCGGGCGUCGGUGCCCAGUGUGCAGAUUCAGGGACAGAGGAUCAUCCAGCAGGGCCUCAUCCGUGUCGCCAAUGUUCCCAACACCAGCCUGCUCGUCAACAUCCCACAGCCCACCCCAGCAUCACUGAAGGGGACGACAGCCACCUCCGCUCAGGCCAACUCCACCCCCACUAGUGUGGCCUCUGUGGUCACCUCUGCCGAGUCUCCAGCAAGCCGACAGGCGGCCGCCAAGCUGGCGCUGCGCAAACAGCUGGAGAAGACGCUACUCGAGAUCCCCCCACCCAAGCCCCCAGCCCCAGAGAUGAACUUCCUGCCCAGCGCCGCCAACAACGAGUUCAUCUACCUGGUCGGCCUGGAGGAGGUGGUGCAGAACCUACUGGAGACACAAGCAGGCAGGAUGUCGGCCACCACUGUGCUGUCCCGGGAGCCCUACAUGUGUGCACAGUGCAAGACGGACUUCACGUGCCGCUGGCGGGAGGAGAAGAGCGGCGCCAUCAUGUGUGAGAACUGCAUGACGACCAACCAGAAGAAGGCGCUCAAGGUGGAGCACACCAGCCGGCUGAAGGCCGCCUUUGUGAAGGCGCUGCAGCAGGAACAGGAGAUUGAGCAGCGGCUCCUGCAGCAGGGCACGGCCCCUGCACAGGCCAAGGCCGAGCCUGCUGCCGCCCCACACCCUGCGCUGAAGCAGGUCAUAAAACCCCGGCGUAAGUUGGCGUUCCGCUCAGGAGAGGCCCGCGACUGGAGUAACGGGGCUGUGCUACAGGCCUCCAGCCAGCUGUCCCGGGGUUCGGCCACGACGCCUCGAGGUGUCCUGCACACGUUCAGUCCGUCACCCAAACUGCAGAACUCAGCCUCAGCCACAGCCCUGGUCAGCCGGACCGGCAGACAUUCCGAGAGAACCGUGAGCGCCGGCAAGGGCAGCGCCACCUCCAACUGGAAGAAGACGCCCCUCAGCACAGGCGGGACCCUUGCAUUUGUCAGCCCAAGCCUGGCGGUGCACAAGAGCUCCUCGGCCGUGGACCGCCAGCGAGAGUACCUCCUGGACAUGAUCCCACCCCGCUCCAUCCCCCAGUCAGCCACGUGGAAAUAGUGCGAGCCAGGCCCCGUGGAAGACGGGCUCCCUCCUCCCCCACCUGGCCCCCGGUCUAGAAGGAUCCACUGCACCACCCUCCGCUGGCUCGGGAAGACACCGUGCCUGCCCCAAGAGCAAGCACCGGCCAUGCUGCAGAGGCGAGACCUCAAUUCUUGGCUGCAAAGUUUCAUCAGGGCUGGGGGGCUGGUGCCGCCUCAUAGGCAGACAAGGAUCAUCGCUGGGGGACCUUUCCCGUGGGCUUUCUUCCUUUCUCUCUUUGCCUUUAGUUUGCCCGACACCAGCAGAAAAGUGGACCUUGGCGGGGGCUGGUUCUGCUCCUGGCCCCCUUGUUCGGCCCCUGCCGGCACACGGGCGGCUCACCCUGGACACUGUGACGCACAUGGGCAAGGCCAGCGCCCGGGGGUUCUGAACCAAGUGGGGUGUUUUGUUUUUUUUGCUUUUCCCUGUCUUAGGCUCCCAAUCUUUGACUGCCUUCCCAUGGCGAUCUAUAAGUUGAAAGAUUUUUUUUUUUAAUCACCUCAUGAUGAUGGAGUUAAAAGUAAACCGUGCAGACCCUGGGGUCCCUGUUGUGCGCUGCAUCGUCCCGCUGGCCCUGUGCCCUGUGCCCUGGAGGGUGGGCGGCUCAUGGUGCCACAGCCCCUGGCAGGGACGGCCGGCCCGCCCCGGUGACUGACUGACAGAUGCAGGGAUGGCCGAGGCAGCCCUCGCUUCAGCCGAACGCCUCCAUUGCUGUUUGUUCUGGAGACCCCCGCCCCCGGACCUCCCAGACUUAGUAGAAGAACAAACUGAAGAACAGACCCAGCCAGAGAAGCAGGGAUUCCAGAAGCUGUCCAUGAAGGGAGAAGGAGAGGAUCCAGUCGGCAGCAGCCCCGAGCAGGAAACUGGAGGGGGGACUGUUGCGGGGUUUUUCUGUUGUGGUUUAUUUUAUUAAAUUUUUUCCUUUUUUCUAUUCAUUUCGACGGACGCAAUCUUAAGCCACCCUGGCCUUGCUCCUAGGAGGUGAGUGUGCACAGGUGUGUGCAGGUCAGGAGGUGCCGUCCAGGUGUGCGGCGAGCCGCUGCACACACAUGUCAGGAUUUCCAUUUGGGUCUAGUUUAGAACCUGUCCUUAAACCUAGGGGUUGCUGUCAGGAUUUGCUUUCAGACUUUUUUUUUUUUGUAAUUCCCUUUAGAGUCUACAAAAAUGUUUUUAAAAGGAUCAGGUCUGCUUUUAGUUUCAUUUUUGUUUCUUUCCCGUCCCACUCUUUAAAAACUGGUUCCAUGAGGAAAGGCAGAAGCCGUUCCGUGUCUCCUGCAGGCUGGGCCGGCUUCAUGCCAGUGCGAGGGCGUCCCAUGCCCACGUACAUAUGUGUGUCUCCAUGAGGACUGGGUUCCACUGGUCCCAAUUGAGCUCCAGCCCUGGUUUUCCGACCCAUGCAGUUAGGGACUUUAAUUUAAAAAUUUUUUUUGUAGGGCCGCCGCCUUCAAACACAACUGCUACAACCACAUUCUAAUAAAGGCUCAUUUAACCCCCAGGCUCCUGUCGUGUGAAUAUCCUCAGUCUGUAGGAAACUUUUUUGACACACCAUAGAAGACCUAGUUUUGGAAAACAUUAUCUAAUUUUUUGUUGUGCAAAUCCCCAAAUUUCUCACUAAUUUUUGUUUUUUUUGUGCAUAACUUGGAUGGGCUGAAGGAGGUGAGGACAGAUUGGGGAAGGGUGGCUUUCAUUCCAAGAUCCAGGGAUUUGGGGAAAAGGAAGGAAUUUGAUGUUUUUUGGGGUGGGAGGGGAGGGUGUGUUUUUUACACCAAAAAAAAAAGUAUGCAAGCAUUUCUAUUCCUCGCAUUUUUCUGUGUGCCUGGCAAAUAAAUACCUGUCUCCUACCACCCUGAGCUGUUAGCCCUCUCUGUUCCAUGACAGGGGCCAGAUCUUCCAGCUCCUCCCGGAAGGAGCACCCAGGCUGGCUUCUUCCCACUGAAAGCCCUCCCCGGCGAACCAACCUCAGUUCUAUGCAGUGGCUGGAGAUCAGGCAUCCUGGCCGAAGUCACCUCUGCCUGCUCCAGCUUGGGUCAGCUGGGUCUGACCAGGGGGCCAGAUCCGAGCCGCACCCACCGGCCCCCAGCCCCAGCUCCAGCUCCUGACCUCUCCCAGCCUGGCCCGGCUGUUCCUCCAGGGCUGAUGGCUGUCAACCUAUCCUUGUGAGUUCAUAUGGACUGCUGCCCCUCGAAAGGGAGAGGGUCAGCCCCAUGUCCCCAGGGAGUAUUCCAUCAGGGACAACGUACAUACUGUGAUGUAAACUUUUUUUUUCAGGGGGCAAAAGUGUGAGAUGCCUUAAUCUUUCCUUCAUUUCUGCUGUCUUGAACACUCUAGCCCAUUAUUUCCUUUCAGUUCCUUGCAGCAUAACCUCUAUGAUAAGCCCCAAGCGGGUUGUUGUAUUAUGACAUUUAUGAUGUUCCAGGUGAAGGCAUUAUUAAGUACCUCUCUGGGUGUGGGGUUUGGAUGCACCAGGAUAGCUAUUGAUUGAUGUUAAGGGUGUUCUACCCGCAGCAAAGCACACCCUCAAAACCGGCCACUGCCUGGGUCCUGGUCCCGAGAGCUCUACCAGGAUCAGGUUCCUGCAAGCCGUCAGAAUGUGGGAGCCCCCAGUCCAACUGAUUGUAACUGUCCCCUGUUAUCUGUGACAUGAACCUCCAACAGCACCUGGAAACCGUUCCUUCUGUCAGCUGCUCUGUAGACAGGGCAGGGGAGAUCUCAGAGUUCACACCUUGCCUGUUGUAGGGGAGGUGGGGGGUAGGGUUUGGAAUGGCCAAGUGCCCUUGGAACCUCCCACAGCUAUGGCCGUCCUGACCUCAUCCCAGGAACUCCACGGUGACAUCAGGAACCACCCCUCUGACGAGGUCUGUAGCAGCCCUUCUCAGGGUGGAACAGCCCACAGUGCUAGUGGCGCCUGGUCUUACCUGUACUGCACGGACCUCGGUGAAGCAAAAGCUUCAGGGCAGAGGAAAUGAGGCGACCCGGUGGCAGCCCCGCUGGGCCCCAUGGCUCCCACUCUCCUAUUGGACGUAGAGGCAGGGGAGAGACUUCCCUAUACAAAUAUUCUCAUCACAGGGGUCGCCAUCACAGAAGGGAUGAUCCUUGCUGCUCUGCCGUAGGGUUUUUGAUGCUGAGCUAUGCUGCACAUGACGUUAACCUAAAUAACUUGGACUGAGCUUUUAAAAAAGGACAGCAGAUAAUUUUAUAAUCCUUAAAGUGUAAUAGACAGUUACACUAGUGCAGGGUAUUGGGGGGGGCUCUUCGGGGGUGGAGGCUGUCACUUGUAUUUAUUGUGACUCUAAAUCUUUGAUAGUAAAACAAAUGUAAAAAGAAAUGUUUGCCACCAGAUGGGAAUAGAAGUUCCAAUAAGCGGGCUGGAAUGGGUGGCUAUACGUUGUAUCAUGAGGAAGUUUUAGACUCUGAAGGAUAAUAAAUGGAUGAUGUGUCAACUGGA